AUGAUUCAAACAAAUUUAAUAAAAUUAAUAAAUAAAAAUAAAAAUAUUUUAAAAAAAAUAAAUUAUAAUAAAAUAAAUUCAAAUUUUAAUAAAAAUGUAUUAUAUGUAAAUCAACAAAAUAAUAAUUAUUUAGCCAAAAAUAAUUUUACCACUUCAUCAAAUAACAAUAAUGACAAUAAUAAAAAUGUUUUUGAAAAAAGUUUAGAUCAAUUUAUAAAUCCAAAUAUUAAUCGAAAUACAUCAGCAUUUGAUGAUAUUGUCGAUUCACAAAAUACUAUUGAAAUAAGAAAUGUACCAUCAAAUAUUACAACAAGAGAUAUUUGGGAAGGUUUUAAAGAUUUUAAAAUUGUUCCACAUGGCAUUAAAAUGGUAUUCGAUGGCGAAAAUGGAUUUGUUUAUAUUUCGUUUCAAAACAAAAAAGAUUUUACCAGAGCAGUUGAAAUGAAAGCAUUCAGUUUUCAAGGUUCAAACUAUUCAAUAACACCAAUCAAAUCAACAUUACAAAAUUGGGGUGAUAGAGAUAAAAAUGAUGGCACCCCACGUACUGGUUAUUUAAAUCGUACUGCAGUAACUGACCAUCUUUGGAAAAGCAGAAAGUCAAAGGACCAAAAAAUUGUCAACGCAAAUUCAGUAAAUAGUACAGAGAAUAAUAAUAGUGCAACAUCAACAUCAUCAACAGUAAUCAAGGAACCACCACCAGUUUUAAAAGUUAAAACUCCAGAGGAUAGUCAUACCGAGGUAGACUUGUUUUUUAGUUCAGACUAUGCACUAAGGGAAAUGUAUCUUAGUCCAUAUGGCCAUUUAAGAGUUGGUAGAUUAUUAGAGGAUUUAGACGCUUUGGCUGGUACCGUAUCAUUUAAGCAUUCAGAAAAUGAUGAAGACAACUUUAAGAAAACCAUUGUCACUGCAAGUGUUGAUCGUAUUAAAUUAUUGCAACCAUUAAUACCAGAUAGAGAUAUUAAAAUGGAGGGUGUUGUUACAUAUGUAGGUAAAAGCUCUAUGGAAAUUAUGAUUAAGCUCCGUUCAAAAAAUAACACUACACAAAAUUGGGAACCAGUGUUAGUAGCUUACUUCACCAUGGUAGCUAGAGACAAGGGAAAGUCAUCACCAGUCAAUCACUUAAAAGUUGUUACACCAUUUGAAAAGAGACUUUUCCAAGAUGGUGAAAAGCACAAGGCAUGUCGUAUAAGCAAUCAACAAAACUCACUCGAAAUUACCCCACCAACUGCCUCAGAAUUACAAAUUAUCCAUAAUCUCUUUAUGAUUGCUAAAAAAGAAUCCGAUCUUGAAUUAAUUCCAAUGAAGGAUACAACUUGCACCUCUGUACUUUUAUGCCAACCUCAAGAAAGAAAUAUCAAUGGCCAAAUAUUUGGUGGCUAUCUAAUGAGAAAAGGUUUCGAAUUAGCCUUUUCAUGUAUUUUCCUCAAGUUUAAUGAAUCAUUACCACUUUUUGUUGCAAUGGAUGAUGUUACAUUUUAUUUACCAGUCGAAAUUGGCGAUAUUUUAACAUUAGAGUCAACUAUUGUUUAUUCACACCCAGUACCAAAUGAGGUUCAAACUUAUUAUGCACAAGUAGAAGUUUGUGCAUAUGUUACAAAUCCAUAUAUUGGAAAAAAGAAAUUAUCAAACGUUUUUAAUUUCACCUUCUAUUGCUCACCAAAGGGUGAAGGAUCUAAACCAAUGGACCCAUCUGCACCACAACCAAAAACUAAACAAAUUUUACCACAAACUUAUUCACAAGCUAUGUCCUAUUUAGCAGGUAGAAGAAUUGUCGAUCGUCAUAGAGAAUCUGAACAAAGUCCAGAUAACAUGGCAAUUUGGGAUGAAUAA